AUGGAUCGAAAUGUAGAACUCACCGUCGAGGAUAUCUUGUCUAUUCACAGACAUUGGGUCACCAAACUAUACGUCCAAGACCACAAAACCGAAGAAGACAUUGUCAGCUUGCUCCACGAAGCCCGUCUUCCUGUCACUAUGUCACAAAUUCAAAACUGUCUCUCCGAAUGGGGGGUAACUUCCUCAACAUCACUAUCAAGGAGAUGUUCACUCGCUUCUUCCCUCGAUUCAGAAUCCACAGAUGCAGAUUGGGAUGCAAUUCGCUGCCCCUCUCCAGCCUCAUCAACCUCAUCACACUACUCCACCUCACCCGAACAUGUCGAAUUAUAUAGCAGACGUCCUCUCCCAUCUCUUCCUUCACCACGAGCUGUACCCACACUCAGCCACUCGAAUCCAUCAAGAAGUGAUGUACACACGAUCGCUACCCCUUGCAAUAACUCACCCUCGUUACUCACCAAAGUCACUUCACACCAAACCAAAACUCGAUCAUACGAGGUCGAGAAAACACUCUCUAUUUUCUCCAAAGGCCCCUCACCCCUCGACCUCUUCGCCUCCUCCAUGCAAUCCCACGAGUGUAUCGCCGUCGGCUUACGUCGAAUCAAAAUCGAAUACCCAAACGACACCUCAUUCGACCACGACGACGAGUUCGAAUGGAUGAGACAGUUCAAAGAAUACAAAACUUUCAACACCGAGCGUCGAGAAGUGAGGAUACUUCAAGAUGGGGACGAAGCGUAA